UCCAAACUUACCCAACUGAAGAUAAUAGAGAAGAGAUAAUUACUUAGUCAGUUCAACCCAGUUGAUGAACAUGUUCAUUGUUAUGCUGCAUCAAUGAUAUUUAACGGUUAAAAUGUAUUCACUAAAAAGCAAGGGUCUGCUUCAACAAAGGCUGUCUCUAACAUGAGGAUCAAGUCAGGUUAUAAAGGAGAAUAUGGUGUCAAAAGAGUGAAAUGGAUCCCUAAGUUGGGUACUAUGGGAGUAUGAGUCUCUAUUGGGUUGAUGGAUUAUAAACAUGUGCUGAUUAAGUGUGCAGCUGAGGCAGACUUCAAUAUAAUUUGGACGAGAGUUGGAAGGCCCUUAUUCUUGGAUACAGCAACGGCUACUGGCACACGUCCUAAUGUGGCCAGGGUGUGUGUGGAGGUUGAUGUAGCGAGGCCAGUCAUUUCGAGAGUAUGGGUGGCUAUCAAAGGGGAGACAGGAUUCUGGCAAAGAAUUGUGACAGAGGAUAUGCUGUCAUAUUGCUCCUCUUGCUGGCGUUUGGGUCAUUCAGCCGAGGAGUGUAAGAAAAAUUCUUCUGAGAUUGCGUCUCGGAACCAGAACAAUCAACACCUGAGGAUGCAGCGUGACCAAAAGAUUGAGGGGAGUAACAAUCAGGUGUAUGUCCCUGUGAGCAAUCUAGUUGUUAAUGGGGCCAAGGAAGACCAAUUUUUUACAGGCUGCUCCUUCGUCGAAUGCGUCACCGGUUGGUCCUGAUGCUUCCAGAAAAGGCAAAGAAAUUGAAGUGGAGGGGAAGCAGCCUGCUGGGUCUAUUGUGCUAGUGGAUGGAGGUGAUAGAACUAAGCGGCAGGAGCUUGUUUCAGGGAGUCAUGCUGGCGACAAAUCUGGUGCUGCGGUGGGUGGUGGUACUGAAGAUAUUGCUUCUAUUGGUCAUGGGAAUCAGGAUACAUGUGACGGGGUGGAGGGAACAUUGGAGGGGGAUCAAGGAGAAAUUGUUGCAAAGCUGGUUUCUAAAAGAGAACAUGAAGGUGAGGUGCGUCAGGUCCUUGAGAAGCAAUCCUUGGGCGCUAGACAGCAGCCUUUAGUCGCGGGGCAGAUUGUUUCUUUAAAUAGCAGUGGGUUGGAGAGUUCGGGUGCAAAGUUGAAUGGGGAGGAGUUUGGGUUAGACGGGGUAUAUAAGGAAGUUGAAGUUGAGCUACCUAUCGUCGCAGGAAAUUUAUCUCCAAGGAUGGCUGUUAGACGAGAAGUUGCUGGAGUCGCUGGUGUUGGCUUUGAACAUUGAUCAAUCUGUUGCGGUUGAUCAAGGUUCAAGCAAGCGAGAAGAAAAGGCGUGCGAGCUCGAUUUCCCUCUGACAGACAGCUUCGAACUGUGACAUCUUCCCAUAACUCCUUCCAGGUUUUAUCUCAUGAUUAAUGGCAUUUUUUGGAAUAUUAGAGGGGUGCUAAAACCCCUAAUCUAAGAAGAUUGAUUAAAUUAGUAAGGUUGUAUCAUGUUAAAUUCAUUGUGAUAAGUGACCCCAA